GUUGAAACAUGAAACCUAAAUUUGUCGAUAGAUGGCUCCAAGCAAAGGACAUAGGUGGCUCAACUGGAGUACUACAAAGACAUGUCCCAACGCAAUAAUACUUUGUAUAGCAAAGCAUAUGUCGAAUAAAGCAGAUACGUUGAAAGUGUUCUUUCUUUUCAUGAACGAUAAGAAAGCUCUUUUUGCAUUGUGUCUUGAUUGGGGAAAAAAGUGAAUUCGUUUUGAGAAUUCGAAGCGUAAAAAUUCAUGGAUAGAUCCAAGGGUAUGUACCAUCCACAACGACGGUGAACUUCAUCGUUUGGAUAGACGGUCGAUAUUCUGUAUCUGACGGGAUCAGAAGAAUUUCAUCUUUUAUUACUUGUUAAAGCCAAACACUAUCAACAAUAACUAAUUGAUUUGAACUCCUAACUGCUCAAAAAACGUAUCAUAAGGUCAUUUUUUACAUCACAUCCUCUCAUCUAUCUACUGGAAAGAUUCAACUGUGAAAUGAUAGCACCUGUCAUUUACUUAUCAAACGGAAGCCCUUCUGAUUACUACUUGAUUGCAUUCCUUUAGUUCUCAAGAAAUGUGCGAAAAUGGCUCACUGACUGAUUUACCUUAACAAAGCAACAGCGUUUUUGGGCAAGGCAUCCAGAAUUUAUCAGGCAAGUGGGAAAAAUGCUUAGGCAGCGGCAAGCAAUACUUCAAAUCAAAUAACUUUUACCAUUUGCAUGCAAUAAGGCUUUAUUUUCCAUACAAAGAUUCUGAUUUUCCGGAUUAAAUUCAAAGUUCAGCAAAGUUGAUGGCUAUAGUUAUCGCAGAACUAAAUCUUAAAUUUUAAAGCUUUUAAAUUAAAGUUUCAAAUAAGUUGAUUUUUAAGUUGCUGAUUUUUAUCCAACCUUUAGAAAAAUUACAAUCCGUAUGUUCGACGCAAAAACACAGGAGGGGGUAGGCAGACAGACGGCCAGAGAAGCUUAAACGAUUCCGGAAGUGAUUCUGAAUAAUGAAAGGUGAGUCCAUCUCAGUUCUCACUCGCAUCUGUGUACCACCAGCGACAUCAAUAAAAAGCCGCCCUAGUCGCAAAGCUAGCCGAGUAGUUAAGAAUCGCGACUUUUUUUAAAAUGUUCUACGGAAGCCUGAAAAAUGUAACAAUCCCAUAGAUUUGAAAUGUAUAACAUAGGAUAUAUACAAUCGCUCUAUCUUAUAAUAAAAUAUUGUAAACAAACUAAUGCUCAAUUUAAACGAUCUCUCCUUACUUCUUGCUCAUCAAAAUAUUAUUUUUCAAUUUAUAACUUUACUCAAAACUAAAUCUUACUUCUGUUUACAGGCAUUCAACAAAAUUAGCAUAGUUUUAACUAGAUUUUAUUCAUUCAAAAGAGAACAAAAAAGAAUUAUUGUUUAUUUUUAUUUUGCAGGGGUUUUGGCAAACAAGGUUUUCAAUGUCAAGGUAAAUAAAGAAACUUGGCACUCGCAAUCAACGCUCCAGCUACGGGAGACAACAUUUGGUGGAAAGACAUCUUGUCAACAAAAAUUUUCCUGCUUUUUUUAAAUAAUAAAAAUAUAAACUUUUUCUUUCUUUCGUUUUUCCUUUUUCUAUUAUUCUAUGACAGUGUGUUCUUAUGUGGUUCAUAAACGUUGUCAUGAGUACGUUACAUUUAAAUGUCCAGGCAAAGACAAAGGAAUCGAUUCCGAUUCACCCAAAACCGUACAUCAUUUUGAACCAUUCACAUACGCAGGACCAACUUUCUGCGAUCAUUGUGGUUCGCUACUCUAUGGCAUUUAUCACCAAGGUCUAAAAUGCUCAGGUAAAGUUCAUAACAAAACUUUUUUGCCAUCAAAAACUACUACACAACAACAAAAUCUAUUCUAAACUUCUACAAUACUUCCCAUCGUCUGCUUUACUAACUACGUUACUAACUAAAAUCCCCUUUUGAACUUAACCUGUAAAUGUUUUAACACAUUGUCUCUCUAUCUCAAGC